GAGAGUUCUGGUCCUAAUCAUCAUAGUUUUGAUGUCUGUUUUGCAGACGCAUCGAAAGUGAACUGAGACAUGUCUGUUACUCUUUCAAACUGCCAUAUCGAAAACAUACUAAAACUGUCAAGAUACACUCUGAAAUAAUAUUGUAGACUAAAGCAAUAGCCAAAGUAAAUGUUGACAACUAAGAUCAAGCCACAGUGAAGUUGUAAAGGGGUUGGGUUUCAUCCUGUCCUUUCAUUCUCCUACAACAGCUCAUCCUCCAUGCAGACACAAAGUUAUGAGGCGCAAGAAGCUGCUCCGCAUGCCACACAGCUCACCAUUGCUUUGAAGCACAGAAAUUCCAAGAGUUUCCUGUAACAAGGUCGAACUCUAAUGUGAACCAGAAGCUGCUGUUUCUCUUUCUGCCUCUUCACUCUGUAGGUUAGUGGAGAGUGUGAAGUCUCGAUAUGUCUCGUCUGUGGAUCUUUCUACUUCUGUUGGCGCACUGGAUCAACAGCCCGGUGCUUUCUGCAAAAGGAGGCAAGAAAAAAUACCAAGUGAGGAAUCAAAGUGGCCAUGCAACUCCCAAGGAGGACGUUGGGUCAGAUGGAGCUCCCGAGAGUCCAUCGGAGUCUGACUUCUUGGCUGAUUUUGCUGGGAAACACCGCCUGUGGGUGAUCACCGCACCAUCGCACAGUGACAACUAUCUGCGUAUGAUGGAGAAGCAGAUCCAGGAGUCUGAAGGACUGAACUGUCGCUUGGCAGAGAGAGACACACUCAUCGUCACUAUUAUUCAGAAUGCCAUGAUGGAAGGCAAAAUCCAGCGUACAACCUUGCUAGGAGAAGCCACUGUGGAGGUUAUGGGCUCUGAAAUGGUAAGCAAACUUCUCCAUUACCUUGAACUGGAGGACCAUACCUUCUCCAUGCUGAUUCUGAAGAAGAACAUGAGGGUUAGUGAAAGAUUUCCUUACCCGGUUCGCGUUGAGGCCAUUCUUGAGGUCAUCGACCAGCUGCCAGUGCGAAAGUUGGAGAAGGUCGCAAGAAAGGGGUUACCAGUGAAAUGCAAGAUCACAAAGAAGAGGUUAGUGGUGAAGAAACAGGGUUCUGGCAAGCGUAGGACCUUCAGUCCACAGAAGCAUGUUAAUACCACAUCCAUCUUCCUGACACAGAAGACACGUCUUGACAAAAAGGCAACUCUGAGAAACAAAGUACAAGAUAUUUUGAGUGGACGUUCACGAUUCGUCAUCCGUAAAACGACAGGCAACAGCAAAGCAUCAGCUAAAGCAGGUUCCAAAUCUGGAUCUAGUGGAAAUGAGAGGCUGAAGCUCGAUGACCAGAAGAAAACUCCAGAUAGUAACAGACACCCAGAGCCAGAAACAGAAAUGAAAAAAGUAUCAGAAGCAGAUAAAACACAUGUUGAUGCAAAAUUACAUUUUGACACCCUCAAUGAGGAGUUCAAUGGAGAGCAAACCAUUGACCAUUCAAGCUCCAAAAAAAAAGGCAAAGGAAAGGAUGCCAAGAAGAAAAAGGGGAAAGGAGGGAGGGGGAAGUCACAACGAGAAGCAGAUGAUAAGGAAAAGGAAGCUCUUAAAGAAUUCAUGCAAAACCUCAAAGGGAGAAGAAGAAUUCUUGUCAUUUCAUCUCCAAGUGAUGUCUCAAGUCAAUAUAUCAAACAGAGAGAUGAUAAUGAGCUACAUAGCUGCGAGUUUUCCCAAAGAAAGGUCUCAGUGCUGUCCAUUAUGGGUUCAGAACGUAAUCCUACACUACACAUUCAACACUACCAACAAGAUUCCGAGUCUCCACAAGCAUCCCUGCCAGAAAAGUUCAGAAACCCUGAGUUAAUCAGUGAGAUCCGCAGAGAAUAUGGGCUGGACUCCAAAAACUUCUCAGUGGUGUUGACUGACUAUGACCUGAGGCCUAACCUUAAUAGGGUUUUCAACAAGCCAACAGCUCCUUCCGAUUUACUCGAUUACAUUGACAACUUUCCAUCACGUCAGUCUGAGAAGGAAGAGGAGAGAAAACUUCCAGCACCCUGCUCUAAAGCAGAAAUAAACAAUCAAGAGGAGAACACGCUUCAAAGGUUUAUGUCCAAACGUAGACUUCUAAUCAUCUCAGCACCUACUGUAGAUGACUUCUCAUUCCAUCAGCAGCUUCAGGCUCUUAAUGGACAGGAGUGUCCACUGGGUAUUCGUCAUUUUGCCUUGUUGAAGAUUAUGGGUUCUGGAUCGACAGCUUCAGGAACAGUGGAUUUUUUUCCAUUGAAUGGGAAAAGUCAACCCGAGAAGGAGACGCUUUCACAGGAUGUGGUGGAGAGUCUGAGAAAUCAGCUGAAGAUAAACCGGGACUACUUCAGCAUGCUGGUGGUGGGUAAGGACGGAGAUGUAAAGGCCUGGUUCCCAUCUCCAAUGUGGUCCCUGGGAAGCAUCUAUGACCUUGUGGACUCAAUGGAACUGCGACAACAGGAACAGAAACUGCAAAAAACUCUUGGAAUUCACUGUCCAGAUGAGAAUUCAGGUACUUACCAUGGUUACACAGAAGAGACAGAGGACAGCUACUUGUACCACAGAUCUGAGGACUAAAAGUCAUCACAACAAAGACAUUAGACAUACAUAUUGUGUACUUGGCAUGCAUUUGUCAUCCCUAUAUUAUGUAAUACAAAAUUUUUACCUCUAGGACUUGUAUGAAAUUCAUACAGCUAUCUUACCUAUUGUUUGCUGUGUCCUGUAAAAUUUCACUUCCUUGCACUCAGUUGUACAUGCUACGAUGCUUAAUUAUAGCUAAAAGACAUGCGUGCAAUUCUAGUUUUUACUAAAGCUGUUAACUUUAAAGGCUAGAUUUCUAAGCUGUAGAAAAUAUAUAUACACAUAUGCAUACACACACACACACACACACAUAUAUAUGUGUGUGUGUGUAUAUACAUACAUAUACAUAUACAUACACACAUACAUACAUAUACAUACAUAUACGAACCCGAUUCCAAAAAAGUUGGGACACUGUACAAUUUGUGAAUAAAAACAGAAUGCAAUGUUGUGGAAGUUUCAAAUUUCAAUAUUUUAUUCAGAAUACAACAUAGAGGACAUAUCAAAUGUUUAUCUAGAGAAAAUUGUAAAAACUGAGAAAAUGUAUUAUUUUAAGGGAAAAAUAAGUUGAUUUUAAAUUUCAUGGCAUCAACACAUCUCAAAAGUUGGGACAAGGCCAUGUUUACCACUUUGUGGCAUCCCCUCCUCUUUUUAUAACAGUCUGCAAACGUCUGGGGACUGAGGAGACAAAUUGCUCAAGUUUAGGAAUAGGAAUGUUGUCCCAUUCUUGCCUAAUACAGGCUUCUAGUUGCUCAACUGUCUUAGGUCUUCUUUGUCGCAUCUUCCUCUUUAUGAUGUGCCAAAUGUUUUCUAUGGGUGAAAGAUCUGGGCUGCAGGCCUGCCAUUUCAGUAACCGGAUCCUUCUUCUACACAGCCAUGAUGUUGUAAUUAAUGCAGUAUGUGGUCUGGCAUUGUCAUGUUGGAAAGUGCAAGGUCUUCCCUGAAAGAGACGACGUCUGGAUGGGAGCAUAUGUUGUUCUAGAACUUGGAUAUACCUUUCAGCAUUGAUGGUGCCUUUCCAGAUGUGUAAGCUGCCCAUACCACACGCACUCAUGCAACCCCAUACCAUCAGAGAGGCAGGCUUCUGAACCGAGCGCUGAUAACAACUUGGGUUGUCCUUGUCCUCUUUAGUCUGGAUGACAUGGCGUCCCAGUUUUCCAAAAAAGAACUUAAAAUUUUGAUUCGUCUGACCACAGAACAGUUUUCCGCUUUGCCACAGUCCAUUUUAAAUGAGCCUUGGCCCAGAGAAAACUCCUGCGCUUCUGGAUUUUGUUUAGAUAUGGCUUCUUUUUUGACCUAUAGAGUUUUAGCCGGCAACGGCGAAUGACACGGUGAAUUGUGUUCACCGACAGUGUUUUCUGGAAGUAUU